UAUAAAAGAACCUGCAAGGCGCUAUCUGGUUGUGUGUGGAACCUGACGGAACUGCCACGAUGCUGCUAAUCUGGACGCUAUCACUGCUGCUGGGAGCAGUAGUAGGAAAAGAAGUCUGCUUCCCAAGACUUGGCUGCUUUAGUGAUGACGCCCCAUGGGCAGGAAUUGUGGAAAGACCCCUCAAAAUACUGCCUUGGGCUCCAAAAGAUGUCAAUACUCGCUUCCUCCUGUAUACUAAUGAGAACCCGAAUAACUUUCAAGAACUUGCUGCAGAUCCAUCAACUAUCACAAACUCCAACUUCAAAACAGAUAGAAAAACCCGCUUUAUUAUUCAUGGAUUCAUAGACAAGGGAGAAGAAAACUGGUUGUCCAAUCUAUGCAAGAACCUGUUCAAAGUGGAAAGUGUGAACUGCAUCUGUGUAGACUGGAAAAGUGGCUCCCGCACUGGUUACACGCAGGCGUCCCAGAACAUCCGGAUUGUGGGGGCAGAAGUGGCUUAUUUUGUUGAAGUUCUUCAGUCAGCGUUUGGGUACUCACCUUCCAAUGUCCACAUCAUUGGCCACAGCCUCGGCUCGCACGCAGCUGGAGAGGCGGGAAGGCGGACCAACGGGACUGUUGGGCGAAUCACAGGGUUGGACCCAGCUGAACCUUGCUUUGAGGGCACGCCUGAACUAGUCCGACUAGACCCCAGUGAUGCCCAGUUUGUGGAUGUAAUUCACACAGAUGGUGCCCCUAUAAUCCCCAACAUAGGUUUUGGAAUGAGUCAAACUGCAGGCCACCUAGAUUUCUUUCCAAAUGGAGGAAAAGACAUGCCCGGAUGUCAGAAGAACAUUCUCUCUCAGAUUGUUGACAUAGAUGGGAUCUGGGAAGGAACUCGUGACUUUGUGGCCUGUAAUCACUUAAGAAGCUAUAAAUAUUACUCUGAUAGCAUCCUCAACCCUGAUGGCUUUGCUGGAUUCCCUUGUGCCUCUUACAGCGUUUUCACUGCAAACAAGUGCUUCCCCUGCCCAAGCGGAGGCUGCCCACAGAUGGGUCAUUACGCUGACAGAUUUCCUGGAAAAACAAACGGAGUGAACCAGAUAUUUUAUCUAAACACUGGUGAUGCCAUUAGUUUUGCUCGAUGGAGGUAUAAGGUGGCUGUGACAUUGUCUGGGAAGAAGGUUACAGGACACGUGCUAGUUUCUUUGUUUGGAAAUAAAGGAAAUUCUAAACAGUAUGAAAUUUUCAAGGGUACUCUCGAGCCAGACAGCACUCACUCCAAUGAAUUUGACUCUGAUGUGGACGUUGGAGAUUUGCAGAAGGUUAAAUUUGUUUGGUACAACAGGGUGAUCAACCCAACUCGACCCAGAGUGGGAGCGUCCAAGAUCAUGGUGGAAAGAAACGAUGGAAAAGUGUUCAACUUCUGUAGUCAAGAAACCGUGAGGGAAGAUAUUCUGCUCACUCUUACCCCGUGUUAAGAAUCACUGACAUGUGACCACCGCGUAUCUUACUGUUAAUAAAAUCUAUUGGUGAAGCAAUACA